AUGUUCGUCACACAUUCAAGAAUUUUACAUAGACACUUAUGUAGGGGAUUAAGUACCCUACAGCCGACUAUCAAAGAACAAAUAUCAUCAACACCAAUCGGAUUAUUACUCGAAACAAAGGGAUUUGUAAAAAGUAUAAGAAAUUCUAAAAACCUUAGCUUUCUAGAUUUAACGGAUGGUACAACAUCAAAAGUGAUCAAUGUGGUGCUACUAGGUAAAGAACCACCUAAGUUUCAAAUAGGUCAAAGUGUCUCAAUAAAAGGGGAAUGGAAUAUAAGCAAAGGUGCUAAACAAGAUUAUGAAUUGAUAUACAAUUGCAAAAAUCCUGAACAUUCUUAUCAAAUAAUUGGUCCAGUUCCUGAAGAUUAUCCUUUACAAAAAAAAGCAACCUCAAUGUCAUAUUUACGAACCUUACCAUCCUUGAAACAUAGAACAUCAACGGUAUCAUCAUUUUAUAGACUACGAUCUUUUUUAGAAACUUCUGUUCAAAAAUUUUUCAAUAAUCAUGAUUUCACAAAAGUUAAUCCACCAUUAAUAACAAGUUCAGAUUGUGAAGGAGCAGGAGAAACUUUUAAAAUAGCUCAAAGUGAAGAAUUUUUUCAAAAACAAACUUAUUUAACAGUUUCUUCUCAAUUACAUUUAGAAUCAUUAGCAUUAGCUUUAAAUAGAGUUUGGACUUUAUCCCCUUGUUUUAGAGCUGAAAAUUCAAAGACAUCGAGACAUUUAUGCGAAUUUUGGAUGCUUGAAGCUGAGGUGUGCUAUCUAAAUGAGUUAGAUCCUUUGCUUGACUUUACUGAAAAUUUGAUAAAAUGGGUAACAAGAGACUUAGCACAAAAUUACAACAAUGAAUAUUUAAAUGGUGUAUAUCUUGAUGAAAAUGUGAUAAGAUCAAGAUGGGACAAUAUUUUGAAAGAAGAAUGGAAAAGGGUAACUUAUAUAGAGGCAUUAAAUUUGAUUAAUGAAGAAGGUAUAGAUACAUUAAAAUUUGGUGAUUCUUUAAAUUUGGAUCACGAAAGAUUUUUAGCUAAAAAUGGUCCGAUAUUUGUAACUGAUUAUCCAGAAUCAUUGAAACCCUUCUACAUGUCCAAAUCAAAAAAUUAUGAUUCACAACAACCAACAGUUGCAUGUUUUGAUUUACUUUUACCCGAGUUUGGAGAAUUAGUAGGUGGUUCGUUAAGAGAACACGAUUACGAGGUAUUAAAAGAAUCAAUGAUUAAACAUAAUAUGAAAUUAGAUGAUAUGAAUUGGUAUUUGGAAUUAAGAAGAAAUGGUACAAUACCACAUGGAGGUUUUGGUAUGGGUUGGGAAAGAUUUAUUAAUUAUUUAUCAGGGCAUGAUAACAUCAGGGAUAUUGUUCCAUUCCCAAGAGCUCCGAACUUAUGUAACGCUUAA